GGUUCUAUGGUUGGGUCCUGCCGGUAGAUGGGGGCAGUCAGAACCAGCCUGGCAUUAAAAGUCCAGGAAAAGUUGUGGACCACCCCGGAUAGUCCGUGAGGAGCCCCUGAUUGGUCUGUUUGGAGUGUGGURUCAAAUGUCCCACGCAGCCUGAACGCAACCCAACUUUUCCAUAACUGAAGUGUUUCUUGGUGCCGUUCUUCAAAAGUUAAUUAGAGCCACCAGAAGAACCCAAGAACCAACGAUGUCGCGGUCGGAACAGAAAGAAACCUCAGAGAACCCGACACCGAGCUCGGAACCAGAACAAAAAGUUGUUUCCGUGAACCCCAGAGCGGUCUGUAAGGUGUGUAAACGCUUGUACCGGGACCCAAAGAUCCUGCCCUGCCUGCACACGUUCUGCUCGGACUGCAUCAGCGCGCUGGAGCCCUUCUCUUACGGAACCGGGGGGGCGGCGGAGACGAAGCGACCGGCAGUCCCGGUAACGGUGCUGUGUCCCGAGUGCGACUCCGAGGUGGACAUCCCUCGGUCCGGGCCGGCGGGGCUGAGCACAGACCACCUGGCGCUGGACGAGGUGUUUGUGGAGACCCUGGWGUCGGACGGUCCGCUGGGGUGCGACCUGUGCGGCGAGGGAGGCGCGGAGAGCCGCUGCGACGUCUGCUGCGUCAACCUGUGCGGCUUCUGCUGCCAGGCUCACAGGCGUCAGAAGCGAACAGCUUCUCACUCUGUUCAUGCUGUGGCGGAGCUGAAGGCUCGUGGUUGUCUCUGUCGCCCUGUCCUCUGCUCCCWCCACCCGGGCCAGGAGCUCAGGCUCUUCUGUCCGCCCUGCGACCUGCCCGUCUGUCUGGAGUGCGCUGCCACGCUGCACCGUGACCAUGGCUGCUGCCCCACGCACCACGUCAUCAAUCAGCACAGCGACUGCAUCCGAGAACUGGUCGGCUCGCGGCUGCGGCCUCGUCUGGAGCAGCUGGAGGAGGCGCUGCAGAAGGUGGAAGCUUCCCAGGACAAUCUGCAGGCACGAGCUGAGGCGGUGGCAAGUGAAAUUAGAGCGUUUGCACGAGGCUACGCCAGCGCUGUGGAGGCUCACUGCCUGUCUCUGCUGCGACGUCUGGAGGAGCUGCGGCUCCAACGCAGGAACCACCUCCAUCUGCAGGGGGCACAGCUGCAGCAGACGCUGCAAGACGUCCGAGGUGGUGUGGAGUUUGCAGAGCGACUUCUCAGUUGCGGUUCAGAUGCUGAGAUUCUUAGUGCCAAAGGAGUCACUCUAAGGAGACUCACUGAUUUGGCAGAGAAUAGUCCUGAACCCCAACCGGCUGCAGCUGCCCCUGACGACAGUAGCAGUAUCUGCUUCCUGCCCACUGAGACGGCAGGGGAGGUGGAGGGCUACCCGCUGGUGGGUGUGAUCAACUCCAGGACUUUGGAUGUCAGCCGGUGCACCAUUGAAGGAGAAGGUCUGCGUCAGUGCACUGAGGACCAGAAGGGCCACUUCAUGCUGGUGUGUCGAGAUUCAGCCGGGGAGCAGCUGGCCCGAGGAGGAGAGCGUGUCCUCGUCAGCAUCGUCCACAAAGACAAGAAGAACUGCACAGUGCAGACGGCAGUGGUUGACAACAAUGAUGGGACGUACUGUGUCUCAUACAAACCUGAGGAACAAGGAGCUUAUUCUGUGUGGGUCUGUGUCAGAGCGCAACAUAUAAAGGGGUCUCCAUUUAAUCUGGAUGUGAAGAGACGGUUCAGACAUCACUCUGGGACUUUUCACUGCUGCUCCUUCUGCUCCAGUGGAGGAAACAAAGAGGCUCGCUGUGGCUGCCCAGGAACAAUGCCAGGAGGAUUUAAAGGCUGUGGUCAUGGUCAUAAGGGACAUCCCAGGAAGCCUCACUGGUCGUGCUGCGGCAGCACCGUGGAGAAGUCAGAGUGUUUGCCUCAGAGCGUGUUGGCUGCUGUCGCUCCCUGCAGCCACCUGAGAACUGUGGAGCUCUGAUGUGAGAAACUGAGGCCAGAUAAGGUGAUGCAAGUUCCUGAAAAGAUGGAAGGUUCAUAUAGUGAGAGGUGUAGCAUGAAGUGACCUCUAUGACCUCUGGACCCUGAGGUUAUGUUCCAACUGAACUGAAUUAUUUUCUUUAAAACUUAUUUUAAAGAUUACUCUUGACAUACUGUCUUCUGUUUCAGUAAAAUUUAUUGUUCUUUAACACUUAAUCAUGAAUAUACAGACUUAACAGUCUUUAAAUAAAAAAAAACAUUUAUAAAAUGAAA